CAACAACGUUGUUCGGUGGAUUUUAGUUUUAGUUGAAAAAUAACCUAUCUCUAUUUGUAUGUCUAGCAUUGAUUGUUAUAAAAAUUAAGUCUAUUAGUUAAGCUUAAUUUAGCUUAAUAUUUGUGUAUUUAGAUAAUAAAUACUUAGGCAUACUCCAGAAUAUAUGAAAAAUGGCCACUUCGAAGACAACAAAUACAUACAACAGACAGAAUUGGGAAGAUGCUGAUUUUCCUGUAUUAUGCCAAACUUGUUUAGGUGAUAACCCAUAUAUUAGAAUGACAAAAGAAAAAUUUGGAAAGGAAUGCAAGAUUUGCUCGCGUCCAUUCACAGUAUUUCGUUGGUGUCCAGGUGCGAGAAUGCGAUUUAAGAAAACAGAAGUAUGUCAGACAUGUAGUAAACUCAAAAAUGUGUGCCAGACUUGUUUAUUAGAUUUAGAGUAUGGUCUACCUAUUCAAGUGAGAGAUGCUGCAGUUAAAUUGAAGGAUGACUUGCCUAAGAGUGAUGUUAAUAAAGAAUACUAUAUUCAAAACAUGGAGAAUGAGUUGGCAAGAUCAGAUCCAGACUCAAUUAGUAGUAAACUGAGUGAACCAAAUGAUCUUCUAAUGAGAUUGGCUAGAACAGCUCCAUAUUAUAAGAGAAAUAGGCCACAUGUGUGUUCUUUCUGGGUAAAAGGUGAGUGCAGAAGGGGAGAAGAGUGUCCCUAUAGGCAUGAAAAGCCCACAGAUCCCGAUGAUCCAUUAGCUGAUCAAAACAUCAAAGACCGUUAUUAUGGAGUGAAUGAUCCAGUAGCUGAAAAACUAUUGAAACGAGCUGCUGCAAUGCCAGCCCUUCCUUUACCAGAUGACAAAACCAUAACAACCCUGUAUCUAGGAAAUCUGGGACAUUUAACAGAACAGGAUAUCAGAGAUCAUUUUUACCAAUAUGGUGAAGUUCGUUCCAUUAGUCUAGUGCCAAAGCAGCAGUGUGCCUUUGUACAGUUCACCACCAGGUCUGCAGCAGAAACAGCAGCUGAAAAAACCUUCAAUAAACUGAUUCUCGGUGGAAGAAGGAUCACCAUCAAAUGGGGACGAUCACAGGGUCGCACCGGAGCUUCUUCGAUUGCACACCAUGCAGAAAAUUAUGAACCUGUACCAGGAUUACCUGGAGCUUUGCCGGAACUCAGCAAUAACUUCUUUAAUCUGGAACCAGGACAUAUUCCUUUACCUAAUAUGCCUCCUCCUUCGUCUAUCAUGGUACCCCCACUGUUUGCUCCCCCUCCUAUACCUCCAUUUUUCUUCAAUCCCCCACAGUUGCCACCUUUUAGUGCACCCGCACCAAGUACUAGUACUAGCUCCAGCGUUAGUGAGCCUGUAGUGGUGCCGAAACCGGUGCACUAUCCCAGUCAGGAUCCAUCCAGAUUAGGAGCUACACAGCAGAUACAGGAAUGAAGUAAUAUUGAUUUAAAUUAUGUAAAAUGAUUCAUUUUGUAAACAGUUACAAUUGUAUGGUCUUUAUUUGAUUUAUUAGCAAAGUUUUAUUC